GUUGGGUGUUCUCGAGAGAAUCACCAGGCUGUCUGCUGGUACCGCCUAGAGUCUCACAAGAUGCUUAUCUAUGGACGCUUCACUCCAUUUCCUACUGUCCAGGGACAGCAACCAGGUUCUCCACUGAAGGCCAGAUGGUUGCCGGCCUCUUGACUCAAGCAUCUCAGGAGUCCCAAGUCACCCAGCCUGAAUACUUCAAAGAAGUCUAGUGCCCAGUGUAAAUCUCUGGUCUCCUCAGGACUUGCAAACAUGUGGACUUAACAAACUGGCUGCUUCAGUGCUGCCACCUUGUGCCAAGGUUGAUGCAAUUUUUUAGUGUUGGUCUCUACAGCACUUUCUGGUGUCCUACAGGCUACCACAGUACCACUUGUUACUUUCAAACUGGGUUCAGUCCAGGCUACAUCUCUGCUGAGAUUAAUGUUCUGCCACGUUAAAUGCAUUUUUUGUGCUUAUAAGCUGACUAGCAUUAGCAGAAUGUUAGAAGAGAAUGUAAUUCUGCUUUGAUUUUUCAGGAAGAGAAAGCUUGGAGGCACAAAUUCCUGCAGCGUUAGUAGUUACCAUUAGUUAUAUUUCCAUGCACCACGACAUCUGUUGCUCUACCCUUCUCUGUAUUGGCAAGAAAUCAUUUGUGUCUUGUUAUAGACAGAGAAAUACUUUUUAACCCCUUAACCCAGGGUCCACUGACAGGCCCAAAGUUUUAUUAUACACUUCUGUAGCCUAAGAAUGGCUCAACUAGUUUGCAUUGAAGUCCCUGUAGUUACUGAAUAAUAAGCCUUAGUAUGUCUUAAGCCUAGGAUUUUAAUGAAUCAAUCCCUCAGGAGAAAUCUGUGCCACAGCAGUGCACAAACAAAAAACAGAGACAUAUUUACUCAUUGCUGUGCACAGACAUAGUGCAAUAUACCAGUGAGGAACAUUACAUAUAGUACACAGUAAACAUUACUAUGGUAUACACAUAUGCAUGUAUGUAUCUAUGUUAAAUAUGGCUUCAUUACAUCAUUGGACUUCCUCUUGGAUAUCUAUUUCUCAGAUCCUCAGUCAGCAUUACUGCAGUUUCAGAUUGACUGUUUAUGUAAGGAAGUGAAAUUCUGUCAACAGCAUUUUUCACCUUCCCAUUCUUCAUACUAUAGUCUUGCACUUUUAUUUUUAUUGACAGAGCAUAAAUAUAUUUUAAUAACUAAUCAUUUUCCCCAGUAGUUUAAUUUUAUCCAGUUGAAUGGAUUAUUUUUUAAAUACUGUGCUAAGGUAAGUGCUGCAGCUAUUUCAUUUCAGGACACAAAAUAUAAUACAAUAUCUUGUGUCUAUCUUUAAUUUGUCAACAAGAUUUUAAAGCCACAAUAAAAAGCGAGCAGAAAUCACAUUUUGACAUUUGGUGAGCAGUUUUGUUUUGCAGAUAUGGAUUCUAUCUUUAUCUCUAAAGUAAUGUAUAGGCUAGAUAGGCCAUAUAACAGGAUUAUUACUCUGCAGCUGCCAUGGUUAAAGGUUGUGUUCUGCAUUUAGUCAAACUACUGCCUUUUUUCUGUUACUGUAACGAAAUACAGUUGCCAUUUUUUUGUGACCUAAUUAUGCAACACUGUUACACAUACUCAAGUCUGCAUAUUCCUCUCUGAAUAUAUCUGUACAAAAGUUGAGGAACAUACAGUUUCAUUAAUGAAUCAUUAAUGACUCAUGAUUCAAAGUUCAAAGUUUAUUUAAGACUUUUUUGGCUACAUGCAAGUUCUAAUGAGUGUAUUAGACUACAUUUUAGCUUAGUCAUGCAUAUUCGUCCUAAUAAGCCAGCUACCAAUGAUCAAUGAUGUUUUUGUUGUUGUUUUACCUAGAAUUGGUAAAAAAUCAUGUGUGAACAUAUGUGAACAAUACACACUGUUUGCACUGCGUUACUGCUGCAGUUUGAAAUUUCAAAUGUCAGAUUUGCAUUCAUUUAUAGAUAAACUGAAGCGAGAAGUGAUAUCCAGCAAGAAUAUUCAACAUCAUCUUGUUAGAUAUCUUGGUCUUUAGACUAAGCUGACUGGGCUAACUGUCUACAAACUCAUUUCACAUUACCCUGCCUAAAGGACUUGUGCAUCAGGAGCAAUGGAUUUUCCACUUUUCAAACAACGGAAGUGUCCAACACAUCCUUAAAACUCAAAACUCUGGAUUUGUCCCAAAAUCCUUUGAAAGUCUUCAAGGUCACUUCUAAUAUUUUUCCUGACCUUGAGAUUUUAGACCUGACCUUCAUCAGGUAGUAUGAAAUGGGAUGUGAAGGACAACAGCUUCUUCAGGAAUGUCAACAGACUCAAUUUAAAUGGUAUAAAAUGGCAUCAGAGUAGCUUAAAAGCAAAUCUUCACUGGGCGUGUGGGUGUGUUGACACUUGAACAAAUUGGAGAAGAGAGAGUGAAACCACUGGUUGAAGCUGCCUCUAUAAUUAAUUCACCGAAAACUCUUCAGCUGCUGUUCAACAACAUCACUUUCAUUUCAGAAGAAGGACUACAGUUCUGCACUAAUGUGACAAUGCUGGGUUUCUCAGACAACAAUCUCCAAAACAUGAACUGAAGUGGGACGAGAUAUUCAGCAAGAAUAUUCAACAUCAUCUCUUUAGAUAUCUUGGUCUUUAGAGUAAGCUGACUGGUCUAACUGUCUCGUUUGCUAAUUAUUAUCAUAUUAAGAACAUGCAAUCCUUAAUAGGAGGGUUUCAUUUAAAAAUGUCCAUUUGCCUGCUGUUUCUAUUAACCAUUUCCAUACACGUAAAUGGAUUCUUUGUGAAAAACUGCAAGGUUGUGGGCUCCUUAAGACAAUCCAAUACUUUGAAAGUACUUUGUACUAGGAAAGGACUUUACACUGUACCAGAAAAACUACCCUACAGAACAAGAGUCCUGGACCUUUCCAGAAAUGAGAUCUCUAAGGUGAUGAAUAACGAUUUAGUGCAUUUAUCCUUUCUCACCAAUCUGAAUAUGUCACACAACCAGAUUAAGGUCAUAGAGGAAAAUGCAUUCAACAAUUUGGUGGCAUUGCAGCAGCUGAAUCUUGCCUACAACAAACUCACUACAAUCCCAGAUAGACUCUUUCAGAAUCUGUCUUACCUGACUUACCUUAGACUGGAUGAAAAUCGCAUUGCAAAGAUCAACCCUUCUGCUUUUCUUCCUCUUACCAGUUUGGUAAUGUUAAAUGUCUCUGGAAAUAGCCUACACCAUAUACAAGAAGUGCAACCUCUUUUCACAUUACCCUGCCUAAAGGACUUGUGCAUCAGGAGCAAUGGAUUUUCCUUUUUUCAGACAACGGAAGUGUCCAACACAUCCUUAAAACUCAAAACUCUGGAUUUGUCCCAAAAUCCUUUGAAAGUCUUCAAGGUCACUUCUAAUAUUUUUCCUGACCUUGAGGUUUUAGACUUGGCCUUCAUCCGUGGAAGUAUGAAAUGGGAUGUGAAGGACAACAGCUUCUUCAGGAAUGUCAACAGACUCAAUUUAAAUGGUAUAAAAAUGGCAUCAGAGGAGAUGAAAGUGUUGCUGCAAACCUUUAGUUCUUCACUGGGUGUGUUGAAACUUGAACAAAUUGGAGAAGAGAAAGUAAAAUCACUGGUUGAAGCUGCCUGUAUAAUUAACUCACCAAAAACUCUUCAGCUGCGGUUCAACAACAUCACUUCCUUAUCAGAAAAAGAACUACAGUUCUGCACUAAUGUGACAAUGCUGGGUUUCUCAGACAACAAUGUCCAAAAUGUAAGUAUACUCGCAUUCAGAUCAAUGACCAAACUCAGAAUUCUGAAUCUGUCUCACAACAAACUGAAGGCUGUUCCCUUUGCCAUUAGAAAUAUUUCCACCUUGGCAAUUCUAGAAAUCAGCUACAAUAACAUGACAACAAUAACACGCUUAGAUUUUUCAAACCUUAAGAAAUUGUUAACACUUCACGUUUACAGAAAUGAUCUGCGAGUUGUAGAAGAUUUUGCCUUUCGAGACCUUAAGAACUUAAGGUCCCUCAUCAUUAGUUCGAACAAAUUGCUAAAUAUAAAUGGCAAUCUCUGGUUUGGCCUUCGUAAAUUGGAGUAUUUGCAGUUGGCAAGUAACAAACUGAGCUGGAUUCAGAAAGGCGAUUUUAAAUAUUUACAGAGCUUGACAAGACUAGAUCUAGAUGAUAACCAAAUCCAAAUUAUAGAGACUGGGGCCUUUGAUGGUUUAGUCUGUUUAAAAUUCCUAAACCUACAAUCAAAUAAGAUCACCCAGAAAUCAAUACGUUCUUCCAUUUUUUCAGGACUUAAAAGUUUACAAACUCUUCAGUUAAACAACAAUUACAUAUCUUAUGUGAGCCAAAAGAGGCUGAAAAAACCACCCUUUACAUCUCUAACCUCUUUGGAGUUUCUGAGUAUUUACAAUCAAGGCCACAAAGGGAUGAUGAAUAUCCCUUUAAAUUUCUUGGAAGGACUGAAUUCUUUAAGGACUUUCAAGGCACGAAAUCUCAACAUUGACUCUCUACAUCCUCUCACAUUCGCUCCAACACCUAAUCUUACAUUUCUGGACCUCAGUAGAAAUGAACUGAUUUCUUUUUCCUCAGAGGUUUUUCUGCCUAUUCAACAUCUUACCAGACUUUCUAUGAGCAAAAUUGGAUUGCAAUCGAUUGACUUUCUUAGGCAAGCGAAACUCACUGAGAUUCAGAUGUUGACGAUACAGAGGAAUGCCUUAUCAUUCAUUAAUGGCAGUGUGAUAGCUUCCCUUCCGAAUUUAGUUUACCUCAGCAUGGAAGGGAAUAUGUUCUCUUGUGAUUGCAACAACGCUCUGUUCAUUAGUUGGGCAGAAAGCGACAAUAAUACACAAGUUUUAAAUGCAGAUCAGUUCAAAUGCAACUAUCCACCCAAACUCAGAGGAAGUAAACUUAUUAAGCUUGACCUCAGUUCAUGCAUUGUACAUGUAGGGUUCUCCUUUUUUAUUUCUACUGCCACUUCAGUCCUUCUAACAAUGAUUAGUGCCUUGCUUUACCACUUUCUGAGAUCGCAAGCUGUCUAUGCCUAUUACACUUUCCUAGCAUUUGUCUAUGACAGCAAAUGGCAGAGAAAGCAAAAAGCUCACAGUUUUCAAUAUGAUGCUUUUAUUUCCUACAAUACCCAUGAUGAACUGUGGGUCAUGAGUGAGCUGUUACCUCACCUAGAAGGAGAGCAGGGUUGGAGAUUGUGUUUGCAUCACAGGGACUUCCAGCCAGGCAAGCCAAUUAUAGAGAAUAUUGUAGAUAGCAUUUAUGGCAGUCACAAAACUAUCUGUGUGAUCAGUCGCCACUAUCUAGAGAGUGAGUGGUGUUCCAGUGAGAUCCAGCUGGCCAGUUUCCGAAUCUUCGAUGAAAAGAAGGACAUUCUCAUCUUGGUAUUCCUGGAGGAUAUUCCAAUGCAUCAGCUGUCUCCGUUUCAUAGGAUGAGGAGACUUAUAAAGAAACGGACUUACCUCAGCUGGCCCAAACCAGGAAAGGACUCUCAAGUGUUCUGGCAGAAACUGAGAGUGGCUCUGGAGACCAGAGGGGCUGAAGAAGAGAAUCUUAUUCUGUAAAUUUUAGUGGGCCAGUGAUCAAAGCAGUUAUUUUAAUGUGAGGAAACUGCAGUGACUUUGGUAUAGUGGUCAUAGCAGUUGAGACAGUGUAUUGGGUGACAUCAUUGCCCUCCAGUGGCAGAGUGGGGUUUGAUUCUCUGCCUGGGCAAGCCCAUCACCCUGCAUCAUGCUAGACCACAGAUGUUCCUAGCUGAGGGUCCAUGACCUUCAGCACUGACCAUUUGCUUCAACAAUGAAUAAAACUGAUACUUCAGUAUUUCCAUGUCAUGUUUAAUCUUGUUUUGCGUGGAUUUGGACGGGCACAUUUGGGUUCAUUUAGUAAGAUUUUUACACUACAGUGGUCUCUGAACCCAGGGCAGAUGUGGUCUUGACUGCAAAUGUGAGCCCAGCUAUCAAAGGCAAUUGUUUUCUUCUGAUCCUUUUCUUUCUUGAUGUUACUCUUCCAUGUGGCAUGCCAUAAAUUCCUGUUCUUUGUACUGUGAGGACUGUGUGUUUCAAAUUGUUUGAAGGGUAUAAGGCACAUGUGUCAGGAUCCAGUCCUUGUAGGCCAAAACACUGCAGACUUCAGCACGCUGCCUCAUUAACACCUGAUUCAGCUUAUUAGCUAAUUAGCAAGGCCUUCAUAAACACUGAUCUCUGCAGCACUUUGGCCCAGAAGGUCCCCAGUUUGACACGCCUGGUGUAAGGUGUGAAUAAAAUGCUGUUAUUUGUUGAUUGUAAGUAAUCGACGAUGCAUCAUUGUGCCUAUCACAUUUACUUGAUUACUGUUUGUUGUCAUUGUUGCCAUUUGUUAUCUUUGUUACCCAUCUCUUGUUACCUGGUUUUCUACUACUUGCCCUGUAUUGCUGCUGGUUGUUUAACUCUUGGCUAAAUAAUACAUUUUGUUAAUGGUUUGCCUCUGCAGUUGCUCAACUGCCUAUUGUCAUCAGCUGUAAAAGUUCAGAAUCACUUUUUCAAUGAUGUAAGUCAUUUUUUAAAAGAUACAUAUAACUCUAAUAUGAGACUAUGACUGCAACACUUUAUGAGUUUUAAUUAAAGCUGUAAAAAUAAAGACAUGUCUGGAAUGAUGGACAGAGCUGUAGAUUGUUUUAAAUGAUCCAAGGAAGCAUAGUCAGAAUGUCUCAUAUUUUAAAAGAGGUGAUCUCAAGGCAGAUAACUCAUAUAGACAGAUAGAUUUAAUACCCUUUAGAUAAUUACAGUAUUCACCAUUUAAUAACUUCUUGGGUUGCCAGAAAAAUUAUAAUAUUGAAUAAAAGAAUCUUAAAGUACCUUCUGAUUAUUUAAUAAAAUGAUAGCAAUCAUUAAUAUGACAAGUGAUUCCAAACUUUUGAAUGCUGGGGUACCAUAUAUGCUCAAAAGGGACUGGUCCCAACAUGUGAGCCAUUUUUGCGUUUGAAUGGUCUUAUAUAUUAGGCAACUUUUUAACCAUUUAAAUAAGUAUUAAUAAGCAUUCUAAAUAUAACUGUAUCCAUUAUGCUAACUAGCCUUUGGUUUGUAUUUGUGUGCUGGGCUGGGCUGGUUAAAUAGUUUCAGACAUUUCCAUUAUUUGUGGUAAGAAUAUCUGGUGAUGCAACCGUGUAAGGGUUCGCCCUUUCAUUGUGACGCUAAGUUCGAUCCCCGGUGAUGCCACAGCCAUUUAUAACUUGGAAUCCAACAGCAACAGCUGGCCCUGGUCUCUCUCUCCUUCUGUCCCUCAGGGUGCACUCAGUAUGUCCCGACUUGAUCAGUAAAGCUUAUUGAUGACCAAACCAAAUGUUGUGUACCAAAACUAAAAUGUCUGUUUUCUUCUUUGUAAGCUUGCACCACUUACUACUGUUGUUCUACAGAUGUUAACUGUAAUUUAAGAUUUAAAUUGAAACAACAAAUGUCUCUUACUGUGUGGCUGUACUCCUCUGUACCAUAAUCCUUAUUUGCACAACUGUACAAUAUUCUUUUUUAUAACAAAUAUUCAUAUCAUUCUGUAAAAUAUUAUAAUAAGUACUAAUUAUUAUAUGUCUCCCCAGGCCCUGCACAUAUGUACAUGUCACAUUUUCUUCUCUUACAUUGGCCUCACAAUAUAUACUCUCUUAUUCUUUAUAUUCUUAAUUCUUUUUUUUUAUUUUUAUUUUUAUUUGUUAUUCUUACUUAUAUAUAUUAUUUUCUUUGGAAUAUUAGUUAAUACUCUGUGUAUGUGUCUGGUCUGUUUAGUAUGUUAUAUGUAAUACUUGUGUGCACAUUGACAUUAAGUCAAACUCCUCAUAUGUGUAACAUACUUGGUGAAAUAAAGUGAUUCUGACUCGGA